AAGCUUUGUUUGUCUCUAACUCUCUUUACAAUUAGAAUUUCAUGCUUGUUUUGUAGUAUGUUUUUGCCCUCUUUUUCUUGUUUGUAUAGCAAGGUUUGAAACUUGGUUCACCUUCAGUUUUGUGAUCAUUCUGGAAGUGGGUCUGCUGCUGCAAUGGAGAGCUUUAGAUCUACUUACUGACAGAAGUCCAGCUUGCUCUCUCUCCUACAUUGCCUAUACGUAACUCACAAGCAAUAAUCACAGCUCUUGAAACCAAAUAUAGAUUCGUGUUCUUUUCGCAAAGCCAACCUACUUCUUUAUAACCAAAGCACGUAUAGUAACACCAUAACGUGUAGUACUUUCUCAGGCAGGCUCCUAUUUGUCCAUACCAAAGAGCUCUGAUGGACCAGAUAUCGGAGACCUCCAGGACCAUAAUUCCAGGCACAUUUCAGGUCAGUCAGGAUGAUAUUACAGGCCAAAUUGGGUUGAUUUGGCAGCAAACAAAAGCGCCAUUGAUCGUGCCUGUCUUGAAAGUUAUGGUGGUUUUGUGUCUGGCAAUGUCCAUAAUGCUUUUUGUUGAAAGGGUGUAUAUGGGAAUUGUUAUAGUCUUUGUGAAGUUGUUUGGGAGAAAACCUGAGAAGAUGUACAAAUUGGAGCCGAUGAAGGAUGAUGUUGAGCUUGGUUAUUCUGCUUAUCCCAUGGUUCUAGUACAAAUCCCAAUGUACAAUGAAAAAGAGGUUUAUCAGCUAUCAAUUGGAGCUGCAUGUGGGCUUUCAUGGCCAGCUGAUCGGAUCAUAAUUCAAGUGCUCGAUGAUUCAACAGAUCCUGCCAUUAAGGCCUUGGUGGAACUAGAAUGCCAAAGAUGGGCAAGCAAGGGCAUAAACAUAAAGUACGAAAUACGGGACAACAGGAAUGGAUACAAAGCAGGUGCUCUCAAAGAAGGCAUGAAGCAUAGCUACGUCAAACAAUGUGACUACGUGGCUAUUUUUGACGCUGAUUUCCAACCUGAGCCAGACUUCCUCUGGCGCACCAUCCCGUUUCUUGUCAGCAACCCUGAAAUUGCACUUGUUCAAGCACGUUGGAAAUUUGUCAACUCAGACGAAUGCUUAAUGACAAGGAUGCAAGAGAUGUCAUUGGAUUACCAUUUCAUAGUGGAGCAAGAAGUAGGGUCUUCAACCCAUGCUUUCUUUGGUUUCAAUGGUGUCUGGAGAAUUUCGGCACUCAGUGAAGCCGGAGGAUGGAAAGACAGAACAACAGUGGAGGACAUGGAUUUGGCUGUCCGAGCUAGUCUUAAAGGCUGGAAAUUCGUUUAUGUCGGCGACCUCAAGGUGAAAAAUGAAUUGCCAAGUACUUUCAAGGCCUACCGAUACCAACAGCACAGAUGGUCUUGUGGCCCCGCUAACCUCUUCAGGAAAAUGGCAAUGGAGAUCAUAAGAAAUAGGAAAGUUUCUCCCUGGAAGAAGUUUUAUGUGAUCUACAGUUUCUUCUUUGUCAGGAAGAUUGUGGCUCACCUUGUCACAUUUAUUUUCUACUGUGUUGUUUUACCGGCAACUGUUUUUGUCCCUGAAGUCGAGGUUCCUAAGUGGGGAGCUGUCUACAUUCCUUCUAUCGUCACUCUUCUCAAUGCUGUUGGAACUCCAAGGUCAUUGCAUCUACUGAUCUUCUGGAUUCUUUUUGAGAAUGUCAUGUCUCUACAUCGGACUAAGGCAACAUUUGUUGGUCUGCUGGAGGCAGGGAGAGUGAAUGAAUGGGUUGUUACAGAGAAAUUGGGAGAUGCUCUUAAGACAAAAUUAGGUGGAAAAGCUCCCAGGAAACCCCGCAUCCGAAUUGGCGAAAGAAUCCAUUUGCUAGAGCUUGCUGUUGGGGCAUACCUCUUCUUCUGUGGCUGCUAUGAUCUGGCUUUUGGAAAGAAUCGCUACUUCAUAUUCCUAUUCCUGCAAUCUAUCGCCUUCUUCAUAGCCGGCGUUGGUUAUGUUGGAACCUUUGUUCCAACCUCUUAGCAAAAUCAAUCAAACAAAGAAUCAUCUCCAAAGUCUUAUCAUUCACUUUCUGUCUUCUCCAUAUAUAUGACACUUCAAUUUCUUUGAUUGUUAUUAAAAUUUUCUUUUCAUUCAAAUUGUUACAGUUUUUACAUUAUUACAGAAAGGGUGAUCAUUCUUUUAUGCUGAGCAUAAGUGGAUUUGAGCAAUCAAGUUGAAUUGUAAUUUUCUCUUGUAAAAUGAAAGAAAUUAUGGGAAAAUAUCUUAAUAUCAAGUAGCUGGAUCCAAUCUACAUAAUUACUUUUCCUUCAA